UAAGGUGGAACUGGCUGACCUGCUCUGCCUGAAAGCCGGCCUCCUCGGUGAUGUCAGUGGCUAGGCAGAGGGGUGUAACCCUGUCUCAGAGUGGCAGAGUCCCAUCCCAGGAAGCCAGCACUUGUGCGAGGGUAGGGGUGGUGUGGGCCGGGGGCACCCAGUGCCGUCUCUCCAGAGCAGCUCAGACUGACUCCCCAGCCAGGGCCGAGGCAGGAUCUGGCAGCCGUCCCCGCCCUGCACUCCUGCUGCAGACCCUCAGCUCCCUGGCGUCUCAGCUUGGCCUUGGGCUCAGACGGACAGAGGAAGUGGAACUGGUGUUAGCAACAGUGGGACCUUUCCCUGGCAGAGCCAGGGCCCUGGGACAGACCGAGCCACGCUCCCUGCCCGGCCGGGACAGGAGCCAUGCAGGAGAAUAACUUCUUCCUGUCGGCUUUGCAGCCGGAGGCCGGUGUGAGCUCCCUGGCACUGCCCUCGGACCAGCAGCUGGGCAGGAAGAGCAAGGAGGCACCCGACGCGGAGCUGCUGAAGAGCGCCCGGGUGCAGGAGCAGGUCCGCAUGAGGAUGCUGCAGAAGAGCGGCUCUGUCCCCAGGACCAAUGGACCUGGGCUCGACUACGUUGAGGACAAAGGUGGCAGCUCCUCCCAGAGCCAGUACAGCAACACCCUGCAGAAGUCCUUCAGCUCCAGAUCCCAGACCAACGGCUUAGAUGCCAAGGGCACUCUGUAUCAGCCACCAGCCCAGAAUGGGUACAGCACCACCAAGUCCACCGGCUGGUCCUCCCGCUCAGCUGUGGACCUCCCACAUCACAAGAGGAUGGCUACCAUCAGCAACGGGGGUGUGCCCCAGGGCCAGGCCUACCGUAUGAGCUACACCCUCUCGCAGGCCGCCAGCACCUCCGCGCGGCCUAAUUCCUUCCACGAGCGGAACUACCAAGCCCGGCCGAACUUCGACACCAUGUCAUUGCGGUCGCUGCGCCUGGCAGACGGGCCGGGCAACCCUGCGGGCAUGGAUGAUCGCUACAGCAUGAUCUCGGAGCAGCUGGGCCCGGGGGCCCUCUACAAAGGCAGAAACAAUGGCAACUUCACCAGAUCCUACACCUUUGAGAGGCAGAUGAGUGCUGGCUCCAACACUGGGAUGAAGGGGCCAGGCGACUGGAUGGACAGCGUGGAGGUGCCUCAGAACCGGACCAUCCGCGCGCCUGCCAUGCGCACCCUUCAGCGCUUCCAGAGCAACAACCGCUCCCGCCUGAGCACCGGCUCCUUCAGCGGCCUCCCGGCUGCCCAGCCGGGUGUGGGGAGCUCCUACGCGGGCAUGAUGGAGCGCAGUGUCCGGGCCCCCUCUGUGCGCAGCCUGGCUGAGUCCAACCACCACCUGCAGGACCUGCGCGCCAUCGACAUGUACAACGGGCACAACACGCUGACAACUCAGCACUCCUACUCCGGCGGGUUUGACGACAUUGACCUGCCGUCAGCAGUGAAAUACCUGAUGGCCAGUGACCCCAACCUGCAGGUGCUGGGAGCCGCCUACAUCCAGCACAAGUGCUACAGCGACAAUGACGCCAAGAAGCAGGCUCGCAGCCUCCAAGCCGUGCCCAAGCUGGUGAAGCUUUUCAACCACCCCAACCAGGAGCUGCAGCGCCACGCCACCGGCGCCAUGCGCAACCUCAUCUACGACAAUGCCGAGAACAAGCUGGCGCUGGUGGAGGAGAACGGCAUCUAUGAGCUGAUGAGGACGCUGCGCGAGCAGGACGACGAGCUGCGCAAGAACGUCACGGGGAUCCUGUGGAAUCUCUCCUCCAGCGACACCCUAAAGGACCGGCUGGCUCGGGACACCCUGGAGCCACUCACCGACCUGAUCCUGACCCCGCUGUCCGGCACGGGCAGUGCUGCCAUCAUCCAGCAGAAUGCCUCGGAAGCGGAGAUCUUCUACAACUCCACAGGCCUCCUCAGGAACCUCAGCUCCGCCAGCCAGCAGACCCGGCAGAAGAUGCGCGAGUGCCACGGGCUGGUGGACUCCAUGAUCAAUUACAUCAACAGGUCUCUGGAGGUGGGGAAGUCAGAGGACAAGAGCGUGGAGAACGCCGUCUGCGUGCUGCGGAACCUCUCCUACCGUCUGUACGACGAGAUGCCCCCGUCCUCGCUGCAGCGGCUGGAGAGGCAGCAGAGGGAUGGCACCGCGGCGACGGGGGAGCUGGUGGGCUGCUUCAGCCCCCAGGGCAGGCGAGUGCGAGAGCACAUGAACACAGACAUGGUGACCUUCACGGAGGUCUCCAAGGACCCCAAAGGGAUGGAGUGGCUCUGGAACCCGCAGAUCGUGGGCAUCUACAACCGGCUGCUGCAGCGCUGCGAGCUGAACAAACACACCACGGAGGCGGCCUCAGGGGCGCUGCAGAACAUCACCGCUGGAGACCGGAGGUGGGCCGGCGUGCUGAGCAGGGUGGCUUUGGAGCAGGAGCGGAUCCUGAACCCCGUGCUGGACCGAGUCCGCACGGCCGACCAUCACCAGCUGCGCUCCCUGACGGGGCUGAUCCGCAAUCUGUCCCGCAAUGCGCGCAACAAGGACGAGAUGUCGACCAAGGUGGUGAGCCAUCUGAUUGAGAAGCUUCCAGGAGGCGUCGGUGACAAGGAGCCGCCGACCGACGUCAUUGUGAACAUCAUUGCCGUGCUGAACAACCUGGUGGUGGAGAGCCCCAUCGCCGCCCGCGACAUCGUCUACUUUGACGGCCUCCGGAAGCUCUUCUACAUCAAGAAGAAAAGGGACAGCUCGGACAGCGAGAAGUCCUCCAGAGCUGCUUCCAGCCUGCUGGCCAACAUGUGGCAGUACACCAAGCUGCACCGGGACUACAAGAUGAAGGGCUACCGGAAGGAGGAUUUCCUAGCUCUGUAAGGACAAGCAGCCCAGGAGCGGCAGAGACGGGACUGACCAGCCCUAACGUUCCCGAUGAAAAUUGUCCUCACAGCAGCACAGACUGUGGCUCUGCUGCAGGAAUCCCGCCUUGCUGCAGCUCCCGUUCUCCUCCAUCUAGACUAGCAGCAGCUUGGCUGGCCUGCCUCAUUUUUGCAUUCAUUACAGCUUCUUCUUCUUCAAGCAUAUUGGGAGCCUCUCCUCCCCUGGGGACAUCAGGGGCAGCCUUCGCUCCAGCAGCACUGCUCUGGGCAUGCCCCAGGGAGAAUUCAAAGGACUUCGCUUGGCAGGCCCUGCCGAUGUCACAGGAGUCCUGCCAGCACCUGCAAGGACACUAAGGGAUCUUUGCACAAGGUCUUCUUGGACCUCUGGAUUACUCCUAAUACAGUAUGUCUCUAUGGUUAUUAUUCCCCGCGCACACCCACCUUCCCAUGGACUUGUAUUUUUUUAAAUUAAGGAGGAUCUCAGCUCUGUUCUGGGGUCUGUGGGAUUUAAAGGGGAAGGCGUGCACACAGUGGGACAUUGGUGUCAGGAGCCCCAGGCUGCCUGGGGCUAGUGGGGCCAUACUUGUCUAGUUGUGGCGGGUGUCUGAGGCUUGUCUCAUGCUCACAACGUAUUGGGAAGCAGGGGGUGGCAUGGUUAUGUUGUGGUGCUUGUGGAUCUGGGUUGAAAGGAAUAUGGCAAGAUAAACACAGGACAGAGCUACCCAGGGGUGUCAUUCACCCCAUCUUCUUUAGCACUAGUUACCCUUUACACCAGGCAGGGUCCCAGCUAUAGCCAGACCCUCAUGCCAGUGCCUGUCAGAGGGUGAGCUGGCCGACCCUAUGCUAAUCAGAGGGCAACUCCCUCCCUAAAGCUGCUCCAGGGCCAGCCUCGCUCUGGCUUUCUCCACCUGCUUCCUGGGAGCGGGUGUUCUCAGUGCAGCAGCACUUCCUCAGCCCCCUGUACAGAUAAGUGUGUGCUCUGUUAGCUAGCGGGAAUGCCUGGCAUGUGCUGACAGGGACUCCCCAGCCUAUGGCAGAGCCACAGCUCUCUAGGAGACACGGCUCAUUAACAGACUUGCUAAAGGUCGUUUGCGAGUGGAGUAUUUAAAUCAGAUUCAAGAGCAGGCAUGUGCUGGGCUGCCGGGCUGCACGCCAUGCAGGCUGGGUUUUGUGCUCCGUGCUCCCGUGGCUGGCUGCAGGCUGGUCAGAGGCAGGCUGGGUUGGAGGGUGGGGUCGUGCUGCCCGUUGGGGGUGUUUAGCGCUGCACUAACAAAAGCCUAAUACAAACAGCUGGGGAAAAUGGUUGCUGCAGGAACAAACCAAUCACUGUGGAGAAACUUCAGUGUCUGAGCACUUGUGACCUUUCGCCCGAACGUAAUAGGGAAGGGCCCAGCCAGUGGCUAAAGGGAGUCAGUCUGAGCUGCCUGGGACGAUUAGCCUUGCUUCUGAAUUACAUUGCCCUAAAAUGCUUGCGCUCGCAUGGAAACCUGGACGCACCUGCAUGAUGAAGGGCUGCACUUUCUUGUUCAUUGAUGACUCUGCUGCAGGAGUGCCCCAAUCGGGUGUCUUCCUCAUAGUCCAAAUCGGAUAAUGACAUUCUGCCCAGAUUCAGCUUCAUUUGUCUUUCUAAAAGCUAGGGCAUUGCUGGCACAGAACAGGUUCUGUGUUCCCCUGCGGGGGCUGGGGGGGGGGG